UUGACGACUUCCGGGUAAGACGCUUGGCGCGCCGUUCCAACUUUCCCGCGUGAGGCGCGUCUUCCUUCGGCCCUGCGGAAAAUGUCCAGACCGGAGCACGCCCGCGGUGACAGGGAUCGCCCCCCGCCGGUUAAAGUCCUGUCUGGUCAGCUGCGGGCGGUGGGCAUCCGGGGUAUCGCCGACAGCGGGGAGGGGUACGCGAUCAGAACGGGCGGGGGUCGCUCUCUGCGGGUGUCCUUGGUGUGGAUGCAGGGCACUGUGCUGGAGGUCCAGCUGGACGGGAACACGGUGCUGCUGAUGGACGAGACGGGGACGUUCGCGGUUCAGGGCGUUAACAACAUCCCCAAAGGCAAACCGUGUUUGCUCCCAGGUAAAUAUGUAAUGGUGAUGGGCGUGGUCCAGGCCGUAUCGCCGGAGCCGGUGAUCCGCGCCGUGAAGAUGGCAGACCUGUCGGAGUUCGCUGCGCUCCACCGACAGAUGUGGAGCCUGGAGGUGGAGGAGCUGCAGCAGGUGCUGGCCUGGAUGUCGGACAGCCGAAGCGGACUCCUGUAGCUCUACCUGCGCAGAGCCGGCGCUGCCGCAGGACGGACGGCAUUCACGACGCUCAACUCACCAGGAUGCGUUAGCGCUUCCCUACGUAUAAAAACAUUCUGUACGUCUGUUUUUGUCCCAAUGUUUUGUGUUUUCUAAACAUCUUGUUUCAAAGCUGCAUUAUGUGUCCGUGUAAGGCGGAUGCAUCUCAAAACUUAAUAAAACACUUCCAGUAGAUUAAAAAAAAA